AUGGAGGAAAGUCAUCUGAAAUCCAUUGGCCUAAACAUCGAUGCUUUGGAGGUGGAUUUGAAGCGUUCGGUGCGUGAGGAGCAACGUCAUUGGCAUGAAAAUGACGCCAAGUUGAGAGCAGUUCAACAGAAGGUGGCUACGUACGAAGAAUUCCGGAGCAUGGUAGAGGGUUGCGAGCUUCGACCGUUGAAAUUCAAGGAGAUGGAGGAGGUCACUAAAUGCUAUGCGGGAUGGUCGCCUCUGCCCAUAUCGUCGGCCUCCAGUGCUGUCACCGUGCCUCAGAUCCAUAGCCAGUCACCUCCAAGCGACUUUCAGAUUACAAGGUUCAACAAGAUCGACGAUUUUAUCCGUUGCUGGGGUGACCUUGAAAGUCAUCGAUACGAUCGCAUGUUGGCGAGUCUGUUAAUGGAACAAUCAAAGGAGCUGCUUCAGGAGGUAUUUGUUUCCAGUGCUGGUCUUCCUAUCCUUCCACAAGUUUUGAGGUGUCUUCUAACCGCGUCAUCAGAGGAGCCACAACGCGUGAUCAGCACUUUACAAGCAAUCGGUUCAAGCCGGAAUUUUGAAUUAAUUGCAACCUUUCUUUCAGAUGAGGAGAAGGCAUUGAUUGGUCAGAUUUUUGAGGUUUUGGAAAACAAUACUGGAAGUCCAAUCAACAGUAACUUGAGAAAACAAUGGUUGCCUACGUAG